UUCCUCUCUCCGCUUCACACACGCACGCACGGCACGCACAUUAUUCUGAGAGGCAAGAGUCCAGAGUGCAGAAAACACGCCCAUGUUAAUGUUAUCUAUUAUAUAUUGACAACAGCUGUUUGCAAAUUGCAGUUGCAGAGAAUGAUUUAACUCAAGCUCCAUUUCUUUUGUAUGGCCUAAAAUAAUUAAUCCAUUAUUUUUAAACUUCUCUUUUUCCCUCUGUAAAUUGACAGCCUAAUCAACAGCCUGGAAAGAGCUGGUGCAUUUCGCACCAGAAAGAACCACCACUCACUGCUUCAAAAUCUGUCCAAUUUUCCCAGUUUAACUAUACUCCUCUUCAUUGGAACACCUUUUUAGCUCCGUUGAGAGAGCUAUUAUAUGGGCUGAAUAGAUCUGGGAAUUAUUAGGUACUGCAUUGUUUGCAUCAAUUUUGGCUGUGGGAAGUUGUGGGAUUGCUAAAGUUCCAAUCUUGAUUGAAAAAUCUGUUUGGAGUGGUGGGAAGCUAUGGAUAUUGUAGCUGUGUUCUUGCUCUGCAUUGCUGCUAGUAGUGUGUCUAUGGCUGCAUUCACACCUGCUAAUAACUACUUGCUUGCCUGUGGAUCUUCACAAAACGUGAUGUUUCUUGGCCAAACAUAUGUUCCUGAUUCCUCAUUUUCUUUGAAAAGCCGUGGGGAUUCUUAUGUUGCCGCCUCCAACUCCACCGCCCCUUUCCCUCUUUACCAGUCAGCCCGAGUCUUCAGGAGCACGGCGUCGUACAGAUUUGAUAUUAAGCGACAGGGUCGGCAUUGGGUUCGCCUCCACUUCCACCCUCUCUCGGGCCAGAAUCUGACUUCUUCUUCCAUCACUGUUGUGACCGAGGAUUUUGUGCUUUUGCACAACUUCAGUUUCGACACUUACAAGGGCUCGUAUCUCUUCAAAGAGUACUCAGUCAGUGUCACUUCGAACAGCUUGUUGGUUACAUUCAUUCCUGCCAAUGGCUCUGUGGCCUUUGUGAAUGCCAUUGAAGUAGUGUCUGCCCCGGACAGCUUGAUUCCUGACCAGGCAUCUAUUGUGUCACCACAUGGUCAGUUUGACGGCCUUUCCGGGCUGGCUCUGGAAACCAUCUAUCGUCUGAAUAUGGGCGGUCCUCUUAUUACUGCUGAGAACGACACUUUGAGUAGGACUUGGGAGAAUGAUGCCAAGUAUCUCCAUGUGAACAGCUCUGCGUCUAACGUCUCUGUCAGCCCUUUGAAUAUAAAAUAUGGUGAUGCUGUUGCACCUGAGAUAGCUCCUAAUUAUGUCUAUGCUACUGCUCAGACCAUGGGAGAUGCUAGUGUGUCUAAUGUGAACUUUAACAUCACUUGGGUCGUCCAAGUUGAUCCCAGUUUCUCGUAUUUCUUGCGGGUGCAUUUCUGUGAUAUUGUGAGCAAAUCUCUGAAUAGUCUGAUAUUUAACCUAUACAUCAAUACUGAUAUUGCUGUUGGGAGUCUGGAUCUAUCGAAUAAAGCUGGAAACUUGGAUGUGCCAUAUUACACAGAUUUUGUCUCCAAAGUUCCUGCAGAUUCGGAUACUCUCACAGUAAGCGUUGGUCCUGACGUUAAUGCUGAUUUCCCAAAUGCCAUAUUGAAUGGUCUUGAAAUCAUGAAGAUUAGCAAUGAUGCCAAAAGCUUAACUGGAAGCUUGCCCGUGGAAACUCUCCUUGUGCUGCCUCCCAAAAAGCAUAAAACCGGUACCAUAAUCGGCUCUGUGGUUGGUGCUGUGGUUGCAUUGCUCCUUUGUGGAUUGUGUUACUUCUGCUUGGUGGCUCGUAGGUCGAAGGAAGCCAACCAAGGAAGUUCUUGGCUUCCUCUGCCGUUGUAUGGAAACUCUUUGACUAUGACAAAAAUGUCCACUGUUUCUCAGAAGAGUGGUACAGCCAGUUGCAUCUCGUUAGGUUCUUCCAAUCUUGGCCGGUUCUUCACGUUUCAAGAAAUAAUGGAUGCAACUAAUAAAUUUGAUGAAGGCAUGCUACUCGGUGUUGGUGGUUUUGGUAGGGUGUACAAAGGAACUCUAGAGGAUGGAACUAGGGUGGCUGUCAAGAGAGGGAAUCCGAGAUCCGAGCAAGGCAUUGCUGAAUUUCGAACUGAGAUUGAAAUGUUGUCCAAACUCCGCCAUCGUCACCUUGUGUCACUUAUUGGCUACUGCGAUGAGCAGUCUGAGAUGAUUUUAGUGUAUGAAUACAUGGCUAAUGGGCCUCUCCGGAGCCAUCUCUAUGGGACAGAUCUUCCACCCCUUUCCUGGAAAUUGCGGCUGGAGAUAUGCAUAGGUGCAGCUAGGGGGCUUCAUUACCUCCACACCGGAGCUGCACAGAGCAUCAUCCAUCGAGAUGUGAAAACAACCAAUAUACUCCUAGAUGAGAAUUUUGUUGCCAAGGUGGCCGAUUUUGGUCUGUCUAAAGCCGGACCAGCCAUUGAUCAGACACACGUGAGCACAGCUGUCAAAGGUAGCUUUGGAUACCUUGAUCCCGAGUACUUCAGAAGGCAACAGCUGACUGAGAAAUCAGAUGUCUACUCAUUUGGUGUGGUUCUCAUGGAGGUGCUUUGCACGAGGCCAGCCCUCAACCCGGUUCUCCCUCGAGAGCAAGUGAAUAUUGCCGAGUGGGCGAUGACCUGGCAAAAGAAGGGAAUGCUGGACCAUAUCAUGGACAAGAAUCUUGUAGGGAAGGUAAACAGUGCUUCUCUCAAGAAAUUCGGUGAGACGGCAGAAAAAUGCCUGGCUGAGCACGGUGUCGAUAGGCCUUCCAUGGGAGAUGUUUUGUGGAACUUGGAGUAUGCUCUCCAGCUGGAGGAGACGACAUCCGCCCUCAUGGAGCCGGAUGAUAAUAGCACAAACCAUAUCCCUGGCAUUGCCUUAACGCCGCUGGAGCCAUUUGACAACAGCGUGAGCAUGAUAGAUGGAGUUAACUCAGGAACAGACGACGAUGCAGCCACCAGUGCGGUUUUCUCUCAGCUAGUGAAUCCUCGUGGCAGAUUCAAUGAUGAGCUACAGAUUUUACAUGACUGAGUAUACAAAGGUGAUUUUGCUAUUCAUUCUAUUGUUUGAAUUUUCAUAUUUUCCCCUAAUAUUACAAAUACAAACAUGAGUGUAUGUAUAGUAUAUAAACUAUAGUUUGGUGGGGGCAAAGCAAAGCAAAGCAAAUCCAUGUUGCUCUUGCAUAUAUCCCAAUGAAAUGUAUCCCUAUAUUUAAUUGGAUUAAUCCAUUUGUUUCUACAAUCAUAUUGUAAGUUCUGCAGAAAUGCCCCCUUUUGUUUGUUGUUUAAAUGAAUUAGUAUAAAUCAUAAACUUUUGAAGACACUGAUAAAAAUUAAAUAUAAGUAAAAGAGCUGGAUUUAUGUAAUUUGGAGUUUCUCCCACUUGGACUCUAGCAUUAUAUAUUCAAUAGUGAAAAGCUAUAAAAAAGGAAAAAAUCCACCAAUAGUCUGUAGUUCAGACAAGACAAUAGGCAUCUUCUCAGACAUAAAGAUGCUUUUCUCUUGUUUAUAUCUGCCAAGGGUCAACAAAGCCUUUGUUAGAAGAAAAAAAGGGGCAAUGAAAAGGGAAGAAAAAGGGCAAGUUAAGGUUUGUGUGGGAAUUGAUCUCCUAUGGGGGGCUCUGGUGAACGACCUGAGCGCUCUUCUUCCGAUUCUCAUCCCCAAUUUAGUGAUGGAGGGCGAGAUGUUGCAGGGAGACGGCCGCCUGGGCACUGUUUAUCACUUCAAAUUUGGCACUGGUGUGCCAAAUAUGAGCUACCAGAAGGAAGAAAUAGUGGAACUCGAUGAGAGUGUGCAUCGGAUUGGGCUGCAAGUGAUCGAGGGGGGUCGCCUUGGUCUAGGCUUCACCUACUACAAAAACACGUUCCAGCUCACUGCAACUGGUGAUUCGGAAACUCUAGUUGAUGCCACGGUCGAUUAUGAGACUGAACGCCAAGAGACGAAUGCGCCUCCAGGGGAAACGGUGACGACUGGAAUUGCAUUCAUCAAGGAACUCGAAGCCUUUCUGCUGAAGCAAGAAUCAAAUUAGUGAGCUUCUUUUUAGUAUGUAGGCUCAUAAAUAAGUUGCAUCAGCUGCUUUCCUAUUAUGUGAUUUAUUAUGCAUGAUCGCUCAUAUUAUUGUUAUUAAAUCGGAAACAUGCGUUUAGACGGUUUCACAAUUUUUCAA